AGUAUGGAGGAGGAUUCACAAUAUAAUAAAGUUGAAGAUGUAAUUGGCUGCCAUGUGGAAGACGCAGUAACAUUUUGGGCACAGAACAUUAAUAGACAUCAUGACAUCUUGAAGACUAGCUGUGCUCUAGGUGAAAUUUGUCCUCAAGCCAGUUCUGUUUUUGGUAAUCCUGAUCUUGCCAAGGUUUAUGGUGGGUGCUUUUCUGAAGAUAAAUGCUGGUACAGAUGCAAAGUACAACAGGUUGUCAGCGAUGAAAAGUGUCAGGUUUUAUAUAUUGACUAUGGAAACUCUGAGACUCUUAACCGUUCAGAAAUAGUUGAAAUUCCUGUGGACUUGCAGUUUCCUGGUGUGGCAAAAAAGUAUAGACUGUGGGGAUUACAGAUUCCACUUAAUCAAGAUUUGGUUCAGUUUGACCAGGGGAGGAAGUUCCUGAAUAGCUUGAUUUUUGAAAAAGAAGUGAAAACAAAAUGCAAAGGGACAUAUGAUGGUACUGUUCUUGCCAUGGCAGAAUGCGGCGUACUGAAUAUUGGGGAAGAAAUGGUUAAGAAGGGAUUUGCUGAAAGAUCCAAGAGUCCCAUAAAUAGUAACAACUGUGAUAUUAAAGUAGAUUCCUCCAAAUCCGUGUCAAGGAAUACAAAACCAACAACUCCAGUAUGGUCAGACAGAGUUAUCCAUCCAGCAAGCAAUAGAGUUAAAGGGGGCUUUGAGGAUCAUAUGCCUCUGAAUGGUUGGAAUGAAAAUAAUACUACAAAUCAUGUGCCAUUUACCAACUGGGAGAAAAUAGUGGCUUGUGAUUUGAGCAGGGUGCCAAACAUUAGCCUGGCAAAAAUCAAACAGGAGCAAAAAAUUAUAGAGGAGAACUUAAAGCUAAAAGAGGAGAAAGUGGCUUUCAAGGAAGAGAACCAAAAUCUUCUCCAUCUGUGUAAAGAACUUGAAUCAAAAGUUGAGACACUUAACUGUAAACUGGAGGCAAAGGAGAAAGCUCAUAAGGAGACUCUUGAACAUGUAGAAAGCACACUGUCGACAUAUGUUGGAACUACCAUGAGAAAUUUGGCUGUGAAGUUUGAGAAGUUGAAAGGCAUCAGGUGUGCCAGUAUGAGUGAUCACUUGGGGGACGACCUUUUGGAUGCUGUAAAAACAGUAACAGAAGGAUCCCUCACAGCUCUUCCAUCUUUGGAAAAGUUGGAGAAGAUUUGGGUAGAAUAUAACACUGCUCAAGAGGAAAUACGCUUAUGUAAAUAUAUGGAUGAAGUGCAAAACUUAAUUCCUCAAAGAAAUGAAGUGCAGCAGAAGUUAUACCAUGCAGUAAAAGAAUUCAUUGUGGAAGUGGAUGACUUACCCAUUUCUGAGCGUCUAGGAACUUUGAAGAGAUUACAGGGGUAUUUGGAGGCUGCAUAUGGUGAAGCUCAUGAAGCGGAGAGUUCUGAGGGAGUAUUUGAGGAAUUCUUUGAAUGGAAGAGCAUUAAGAUGGAGGAAUUAAAUCAUGUCAGAAGUGCCACAGAUGCUUCACUGAAAAAUUUUGUAACUUGCUUCAGCAGGAUAAUUCAGUUCUUUGACAUAACAUCUGAAACAUUUUUGAAAUCUGAGGAUUCAGUUGGCAACAUAGAUGAUGUUCUCAGGAGGGCUGAGUUAUGUAUUUCCCAGGAAUUGGACAUUUCUUUGAUCGAGCUAGAUGAAGCAGAUAAAAAAAUAAUCUUGAGUGUGUACAACAGGGUAAUGCAGAAGAUCCACCAAGAGCAACAACUCCUAACGACUGUGUAUCACAAAUAUCUGGACAGUGUUGAGUUCAAAAAGCAGAUUGUGGAAUGGCUGGAUAAAAGUCCCAACAUUAAUGAUUUGUUGCUGGUUAAGAAGAGAUUGAAAACACUAAAGGCCCAACUGAGGUGGAAGCUGGUUGAGAAGAGCAACUUGGAAGAAUCUGAUGAUUACAGUGAGUCUCAAAUGUCAAAAAUAAAAGAAGAAAUCGCUGGGCUACGUAAUAGUGUCUUUCAAGAUAUAUACCAAGAACAAGAAGAAUAUGAGAAGCUUAAUCAUCUGGUACAGAAGUGGUUCCCUGAACUACCACUCCUUCAUCCAGAAGCAGGAAUUCUAAAGUAUAUGAACUCAGGAGGACUUCUUACAGUCAAUUUGGAGCGUGAUCUUUUAGAUGCUGAACCAAUGAAGGAACUAAGCACAAAACAUCCCGUAGUUUGCUCAGAGUUUCAAGGACAGAAAGUCCUCCUAAAGGGAUACGUUGUGGAUAUGAAUACAGAAACAGGAGUAAUAAAAAGAGCAGCGGAGUAUCACAAAGCCUGGAGAGAAAUAAAGGAAGAAUCUGGUUUAAUGCAGUUAUUGUUCCUGUUUUUAUGCAGGUGUGAUCCAUUGGCAUAUAUGAUGAUCCCAUAUUAUGCUGGAGAAAGUCUGGGCACGUUGCAGGCUAGCGUUCCUUUAACUCCAGAUGAAAUCUUGAAAGUAAUGAAAGGAGUAGCCAGAGGUCUGCAUACGCUACACAGAGCAAAUGUAGUGCAUGGCUCGCUGCAUGAAAACAAUGUUUUUGCUGUAAACCGGGAACAAGGAAUUGUUGGAGACUUCGACUUCACCAAAUCAGUGGAUCAGCGUGUUUCAGUGAAUUAUGUGCUAGCAAAUGGCUUGUGCUUGACCUCUCCUGAAAUAAUAAAUGGACAGCCACCAUCACCAGCUUCAGAUAUGUAUGCUUAUGGCUGCUUACUUUACUGGUUGUUCGUUGGAAACCUGGCAUUAAAAAGAAAUUGUGAUGGAACUCCCCAGAUUGAUGGGAUUAAUCUGGAUGAUAAAGUUAGAGCUCUGCUUUUGAAUCUCAUCUGCUGUGGCGACCGGAUGACUUCUGAGCAGGCAAUGAAUGAUGACUGUUUCCUACUGCCUAAUCUAGACCUCGUUUCACUGGAGAAUGAACCAGCUGAAUAUGGAAGUGGAGGAGACAGAACAAAAAGUGAAAUGCAGGGGACCAUGAGAUUGUGGCUGUCGGUGAUGACGCUUGCCCUGUGCCUGCUGAUCUGUCUGGGAACGCCAGCAGAAGCGUAUCCAUCCAAACCAGACAGUCCUGGAGAGGAUGCACCUGCAGAGGACAUGGCCAGAUACUAUUCAGCACUGAGGCAUUACAUCAAUCUCAUCACACGGCAGAGGUACGGAAAACGAUCCAGCCCGGAGACACUGAUUUCUGAUCUCUUGUUGCGGGAAAGCACAGAAAAUAUUCCUAGAUCUAGGUUUGAAGAUCCUGCGAUGUGGUGAUGGAAACCACUACCUGUCUUCAGUCGUUUUCCUAGUUUUCAGUCCAUCUCCCAUAGAAGAUCAAUCAGAGAUUCCACUCCCAGUGCAUGCAGCCAUUGUACUGAAUUCUGUAGAGUUUUUUCCUUCAUUAUUCUUGUAUAUACAUUUAUUUAAAUAAAUUACUUGUACACUCAAAAUGGUAAAAUUUUAAAUGAGAGGGAAAAAAGGCCACUAACAAUAAUGAGUAAAGAUUUGUUUUAUGCUAUAUUCAAAUGGAGUUUCAAUCUCCUUAUAGGCUAAAGUAGCAUGAACAAUAAUCAUAGCACCUCCUCCUAAUAGCUGUUCCAAGUGGCACCUAUUUAACAUUUUAUUUGGCCUUUGGGCUCACUUUUAAUAUUUAAUUCUUAGAAAGUUAUUUGUUUCAUGAUAAUUAUUGCCCAUGAAGAAAAUAAAAUGAUGUGGAAAGAGCAUAUUUUACUAAACAGCGUACAGAU